AUGGCAAAGAAUCGAACAACGUCUUCCUUCUUGCUCUCGGUGUCUGCCGCUUUUGUGGCGGGCUGGCUCUUGCUGGUGACGAAUGGAGAUGUCUUUGUGAGCCCAGUGCCAACAUCGGGUGUCCGGGCAACGGUUCCUUCGUGGCAGGCGAAGCAGGUGGCCACCCUUGCCACCGCCACCGGAUCCAGCACGUCGGUUGCUCCGGAUCAGAGGCUUUUCAAGACGGCGGCUGCGGCGGCGCUUCUCUGUUUGGCUGCAGCACGCUUGGCAAAGGGGAGGUUUCAGAAGCCUUCGGUGGCCCGCCGAGCCGUGGUCACACUCAACGCUACAACCGAGAAGAACCUCUAUGAAUUCGAGGAGCCUGUGGCACCCAUCUUCACGGAAACCCCUGUGGUUCAAGAGGCUCAAAGCAUUCCCAUGCUUCCGGAGUUGAUCUCUUUGAACGAGACGCCGUCCCUCGCAGUUCUGAACUGCGUCGACUCACAAUCUGUCGCUGCAGCAGCAACGGCGGUCGCACCUGCAACGACAACAUCUGGCUCCUGCCUUUGCGGCAGCCCUGCCUCGGCAAGAUUUGCGGCAGGCUCUCGCCAUGCACAGCCCCGUCGCCGGACGUCUCGACGAGCUUCCAAAGCCAGCCGGCGAGCAGUCGGCCGUCACCUCUGCGAGCGAGUGGUGACACUGAGCUCGCCGCCUUGCUUCGAUGCCAGCAAGACCCGCACCAAGAUCCAGCUGGGGCUCCGUGUGUCGUCCUGCAUGCGCUCUGAGUCGGGCCGUGAGUCGAAGUUGUCCUCGGGUGUCGAAGGGUCAGAAAUGGGCACAUGCCUUAACUUUGUAGCACAUGAUUUAAAGGUAUACAUGCUAGAUCAUGGUUCUGCGCUGAUUGCUGUUAGUUCUGACCAAGAGUUGGAGCUUCGAGCUCAGCUGCUCCGGAAGCAUGGGACGUGA